CUUCCUAUCUUCCUCGCCCGUAUGCCUGUGUUUAUUGCAUUACGCUGUAUAGUGCGGGUUAUAUAGUCAUUUAUAAGCCCCAAAACAUCACCUUAGCAUCGGCGCUUUAAACGGCGGGAGCUACCUUGGCCCUUCCAUCUAGCCCAGUAGUACAAGAGACGGCUUGGGCAGAGAGGACUUCUAUUGCCUCUGCCAUACCGCGAAGCCAGAAUCUCUGAUAACGAUUACCCAUCUCUUACCUUCGAUUUUCAGUCGAUGGGAUCUUGUGGGGAUUGCUUUAGGAGGUACACUUGUGUUUUACCCAUAUCCAUAUUUUGUGUUUACUGUAUGAACCUGUUUACUCGGGAACUGGACAGCUUUGGGCAUUCCAUGAUUACGGAGCUGUCAAUCACCGGAGUGGGCGGAGCUAACCGAUAACGAGGCUGUGGAAAGCCAAGUCAAGAAAUAGUGAGGGACUUGGAGGCGAACAGUAAACAAGCACGAUGCGGUGGCGAGGAGCGUCGGGAUUACUCCUUCUGUGGACAUUGUAUUACACUUUAAUUUGUAAGGUGUGCUGUUCGGGUGUUUUUGAUUUACACCUGAAAUCUUUCCGAAACGACCGAGGACUCAACGCUGAUGGACAUUGUUGUAAUGGACGCAGAAUAAACAAUUCUUGCACAUCGACUUGUCGGACUUUCUUUAAAAUUUGCCUGACCCAUUUUCAAGCGCAGAUAGCAGAGUCCACUUCGACAUGUACGUUUGCGGAAAGCACCACGCCGGUUCUGGGUACCAAUACUAUUGACUUCAGCAAGCAGCUACCAGUGUCUGACUUCACCAACCCGAUUCGAUUCCCAUUCAAGUUUUCUUGGCCGGGCACCUUUUCUCUGAUCAUCGAGGCCUGGCACGAUAGUACAUUACAGGAACCAGUUACAGGCAGCCCACGGGAAUUAAUUAGUCGAUUGGCUGUGCAACGGUCCGCUAGAGUCAGUGAUCAAUGGAGCUCGUUUAACCGAACUUGGGCAUUCAAAGAUUUACAGUACCAGUACCGUGUCUCUUGCGAUGAACAUUACUAUGGACCAGGCUGCUCAGUGCUGUGCCGGCCGAGAGAUGACCAAUUCGGUCACUACACCUGCAGCCAAAACGGAACUAAAGUCUGCAACAAUGGAUGGUCGGGCCCUUACUGCGAUCAAGCAAUUUGCUUGCCGGGCUGUCAUCCAGACAAUGGUGUGUGUGGACAACCUAGCGAGUGCAAAUGUCGACUUGGUUGGCAAGGAAAAAACUGUGACCAGUGUAGACCGUACCCCGGUUGCAAGAAUGGUACCUGCAGCAAACCUUGGGAGUGUAACUGCGAGGAAGGUUGGGGUGGACUUUUCUGUAAUCAAGAUCUUAAUUAUUGCACUCAUCACAAGCCCUGUCGUAAUGGCGGCACCUGCCAAAACACUGGGAAGGGCAGUUUUACGUGUGCCUGCCCUGCAGGCUUUUCCGGCACACACUGUGAGGUUGAGAUAGAUGACUGUGCUGCCCAACCCUGCCUCAAUGGCGGUACUUGUGAGGAUGUUGGCACUGGUUUUCGUUGCACUUGUCCGUCUGGAUACCAUGGCCCACUUUGUCAAGUGAUGGCAACCUGUGCAGACAACAAGUGUACCAAUGGUGGCACUUGCUUCGUUGAAAAUGGCAAUCACAAAUGUCUAUGUGCUGCUGGCUACAUUGGACCCAACUGCGAAACCGAGCAGAAUGAAUGCCAGUCCGAUCCAUGCAAGAAUGGCGGACGUUGCUUGGACGAAUUAGGUGGUUUCCGAUGUAUCUGUGAUAGCGGUUUCCAAGGACCAACAUGUGAGGAGAAUACAGAUGAUUGUACUAACAACCCUUGUCUCAGCGGAGGUACCUGUGUGGAUCAGGUCAACAGCUAUGUUUGUCGCUGUGUUCCUGGAUACGUGGGACAACAUUGUGAAACCAAUGUGGAUGAUUGUCAGAUGCAUCCUUGCGCCAAUGGGGGAACCUGUUCUGAUGGGGUCAAUGAUUUCGAGUGUACUUGUGCCCCAGGUUUCGCAGGCAAGGAUUGUCGUGACAACAUCAAUGAGUGUGGGAGUAACCCAUGUCAAAAUGGAGCUACCUGUCAGGAUAUGGUAGCUGAUUACAGGUGUGCUUGUACAUGGUUUCUGGGGCAAAAUUGUCAGUACCGCGAUGGAGAAACCCCAGAACCCACAACAAAAGAACCUAUCACCGAGAAACCCACAACGCAAGCGUUUGCUGGGGCACCUAGACAAGAGGAAUCCGUCGUGAACUCGACCUCUGUGGCCGAGAAUGUGCGUGGUGAAGAAGGGUUAAGCAUGCAGCAUUUGGCACUGGUGGUGUGCUUUGGUGCAGGAAUUCCUCUGAUCAUCAUCAUAAUUGUUGUUCUAAUUCUGUUGCUGAGGCGGAGACGCCAGCCAGCUCAACAAGACACCAUGCAUAAGGAACGUGAACAAGAUGUAAAUAAUAUGAACAAUAAGUGUGUGGAGACAAACAUUUUUACCACAAUACCACCAAGUUCAUCAAGCAUCAAAGUGACCAAUGAGGAGCAAGACUUUAACACAUUCAAACAAAAACACAAUUACUUGGAAAAAACAAGUAAUCACAAGCAGUUGAUCAAAGACUUAAAUACUAAAGAACAAUUUCCAAGAAAAGACUUUGAACAACCGCCUUUAAAAAUUCCAGACAUUGACAGAUUGUCAACUACGGACUCUUCACAUUCUAAUAGUGAAUACCAACAAGAUAGACUGUUUGUAAAAUCCAUAAAUAUGCAGGAUGCCAAUCCAAACUCCAUACUGAUACUGGAACCCCCAGUGCGGCCUCCCCUCCCCAAUACAGAGAUGGUGUACUGGCGACAGAGGUCUAGUACCUGCUCCUUCCCCCUCCCCCCAGUGCUUCAUCCAUCCAUUCACGCAUCCAUCCAUCCUUGGAACAUGAGGAACAUAUUUAUUUGAAAUUCCAUCCUUUUUUCAUUUUGCAUAAAAGUGAAUGUUUAAGUUAAGAAGUGCCUUUCUUAUGUAAAUAGAAAAUGCAAUAAGGAAGGGACGGUUUUCUGCUGUGUUCUGUGGACAUUAUUUGUUAGAGAUUAUUUAUGACUGCCACUAACUUAACUGUCAUUAUUACAUUAUUUGGCUAUAAGCCUAUGUACAUUAUGCAAGCCUCUGCAUUUGGCAUGAUGGUUCCUGUGUGUUGAUCGGAACAAUAACAGCUGCUGAGUGGGAUUGACUGGAACGGUCGAAUUCGAAGAGAACUAGCGUAACAGAUGUCUCCGUUUGCUCUAACGAAAACUGGUGAUCCGAAGGAUUCCCGAUAAAGCAGAUGUCCUUAAGCAUUGUGUAUGGACGAACACUGUCAGUUUCAUCCCUUCACUGCAGACUGUCUGAUUUUAUGACUGUGAUUUCCCCCGUUGCUUCCUCUACAAGAUGAGACUUGUAAAUGGCAAGAGCACGAUAGCUAACAGAGUAAUGUACAACAAGUGUUGUGAACAGCUUUGCGCCAGGUCUGCAGGUGGCCUCUGUUUUCACAACUUUAUAUAAUGGCUAUCUGGCUUCUGGGUGUCCUACUGUAUUAUAAGAAAGAGUCGUGCAAUUUUUUGCUGUAUUUAAAUUUUGCAUGUAAAUGAUGUGCAAUGUUGGUAUAAUCUGUUUGAAGGUGUGUAGAAUGUGAGCGAAGUGUGACAGUGCUGUGUAGCUAUGCCGAAGUUUCCUCCACAGCAAGCCUUGUGGUCACAUAGAAACCACUUCUAUCGUAAGCGAAAGAUUUGCUCAUCCGAACAUUGCAAAAUGUAACGUAGUUGUUAAACACUUGUAACUGGCUUCAGUUAGUUCAGCUUUUUGCAAAAAUCAAAGUUUUUACCACGGUUUAGAUUUGUAUGAUAUUUCUGAGCGAGUUGAAGCUUACUGGAGACAGUAUAUGAUGGAUAGGAUUUACGUUACUGUAUUUCACUGUUAUCUGUUAUGGACUAGACAGUCCAAGUGUUGUUCGGGAUUUACUAGUCAGCCAUGUUUUUCUGUGUUCAUGUUAAAGUUUCAAAUUCUACAUUGUUUUGGCCGGGUUCCAUGCUCUGUAAUAUUUAAUCUUCCCACCAUUCCAGCUAUGAAAAAAAUCACUAACCCACGUACCCGACACGGGUUUUGAAAUAUUAAAUAAAGUGUAAGUAUAGUGACUGGGGAAGGCAGUGCCGCACCCAAAUUUGGCCACUGCUUUCUGAUCUGCUUGUUGCAUUAAAGUGAUGGUGAGCUGCAGUUCGGAGUGCGAGUGUACUGAGGGUUAAUACACCCUUUCCAAGAAGGUACUCCUGCAGCCGUGCGCAUUGUAUGUUCCUGUGAUGUCGAACUGUACAUAAUAUGUAUAUUUAUAGUAAAUGGCUGUACAUACGUAUAUUACUAUGUCUCGUCAUGGUAAGACACGAAUAAAA